UUGACGCCCGGAAUCCUCAACUAUUUGAUCGCUAACUUAAGCCACAAGAAUGACUAUUCAAUUGUUUUGUUCACAUUAAUAGCACUCGAAAAGUUUGCUCAAACGAGUGAGAAUAAGCUAACGAUUACCAAGAAGUUGGACGAAACGAGUAAAAAGGCGUUACUGGUGUUGGAAGCGCUGAUCGACGACAAGGACUACGUGAAGAAACAGGUGGGCUUUUGUGCGCAAUGGUCUCUCGACAACCUGUUCCUCAAAGAGGGCCGACCACUCACUCACGAGAAGACCGAUCGACAGGAGUUGAACGCUGUGUUGAACGCCAACGACGUGAGCGAGUAUCUCAAGAUAUCGGCCAACGGACUGAUGGCGCGAUGCGACGCGUCAUCGUUCGAGAGCGUCCGCUGUACAUAUCAGGUGACUGAAGGCGUCUUCUACUACGAGGCGAUACUCAUCACAUCGGGAGUCAUGCAAAUCGGUUGGGCGACCAAAGAUAGCAAAUUUCUUAACCACGAGGGCUAUGGCAUCGGCGAUGACGAGUAC